AAUUUUCACAUUAAGUGAGUCUGACAUCACAUGUGCAGAAGAAGUUGUCAGGGCACUCAAGCCUAUGAAGGACGCCACCCUGGUGAUGUCAGAGGAGAGCAUGCCAACCCUGUCCAUCAUUGCUCCUCUUCAUGCCAAGCUUGUGAUGGGUGCACAAGAAAGUGUUGAUGAUACACUGACAGUAAGGGACAUUAAGACUGCCAUAGCAGAAGAUCUGGGAAAGAGAUAUGUAAAUGAGAGGGAGACACUAUGGAUGGCAUCAACAGUUGAUCCUCGGUUUAAGGACCUGCCCUUCCUGUCUGAAGCAGAGACCAGUGAGACCUAUUCCAGACUGUUGGACACUGUGGUGACUGUGAUAAAGAAGGAAAAAAAUCAGCAAGAGAAUAAGGAGACUGACAAACAGGUGGAGGAAGAGAAUGCCACAGAGGAGGCUCAUCACCCACAUAUCAAAGACAGCUUUGACUCCAUCCCUCGGCCACCCCUAAAGAGACAGAGGACCUCAUGUGCAUUGGUGGACUUGCUCGGAGCUACGUUUGCCUCUACUAGUGACAAUACUGCACCAAAAUCAGAACAUGAUGUUGCUGCAGCUGAGAUCAAGAGGUAUAGAGAUGAGACCCCUUUGCCUCUCACAGGAAAUCCUCUCAGUUGGUGGAAGGACCAUGAACAGGAAUACCCUCACCUAUCCAAAGUAGCAAGGAGUUUCCUAUGCAUUCCUGGAACAAGUGUCUCUGCAGAGAGAGUUUUCUCCUCUGCAGGAGACAUAGUAAAUGCACAGAGAAGUGUCCUGACAGCUGACCAUGUCGAUCAGCUUGUAUUCCUGCACAAAAAUCUGGAAAUUGAACAAUAACCACUGAGAAAACACUAAACAUGUAAAAUCUCUGAUAUGAGAAUGUUUGACAUUUUGGUUGAGUCUCAUAAGCACUUUUAUUUAGAUGAGUAAAUUCCUUUUUUCAGGUUGUACUAAAAGUGUUCCAUUGAUGGACACUGCAGAGCUGUACUUUAUUUUAAUAGCACUUUACAUUGUUUGUUAAUGUUUACUUGGAUGGAUUCUUCAAGCAAUUUCAUUUUUGAUUUAUAUUUGUUUAUGUUAAGGUCACAUAAAAAGUGCUUUGUUUUGAUGCUCCAUAGAGCAGUUUUUGGAUAAGUAUUUUACAAUCAUAGUACUUAGAAAGACCUCAGUGUUACAUGUUUACUUUUUUCAUGUUAAAAAAAAUACUUGAUAUUUCAGUAAAGUAGUUUUUGUUUGUUUAUUUGACAUGACUUCUAAUAAGGCAGAUGUUAAUUUCUCCAUUCAUU